UAUUCGAACAGUUAACGAUUCAUUAUACAGACGGUGUAGUUCAUAACGUAAAUAAUGGAAUAAAUUAAGUGUUUAUGGAACUAAUAAGGCAUACCCACAACAUAUUUAUGUACAUCGGUAGAACAGAAAUUAUAUGUGCGGUGAAAAUACUCAAAUACUUGUGAAGGUCAUUAUUUGUAAUGUAUGAAAUUGGUGCCAUAUUUAUGUGUGUGAGUGUGAGUGCUACUAAAAUUCCGGCGGCGCGGACAAAUAUCCAGACUCUUGCAAUAGAACGUGUAUACCAAAAAUUUAGUUUGGAUUGAAUUAUAAUUUUCAAACGGGUGGCAACCCUCAAACUCUCAAAUAAAAAUUUAACUUGUUCCUCACCAAUUUCAAUUCCUCAAAUCGAUGAAAUGUCGACGCGUAUUUGCCAACUGCUCAUUGUAGCCGGUAUACUUUAUCAAAGCUCUCUAGCUGACAUACCUAAUUGUGUCUUCGAAGACACUGUCGCUUUAACUGAUAGUACAAAAUUUGCCAAUGGCUCAUACUUUUAUGAAGGUCUGUUGGUGCCGCCACAUCUGACAGCCGAAUAUGACUAUAUUGAGCUCUUCGAAGGUGCGCGUAAACCCGUAGAGAGACAUAUGCGCGGUUGUGUGUGCAAGAUCAAGCAAUGUGUGAAGUUCUGCUGUCACCCAAGAGCGGAUAUGUAUCAGACAAGCACGGAUGCCACGCCUCAAUGUGAAGAAGUACUUAAUAAGGAACUCAAAUAUUCACCACUUCUUAAUAUAACGCUGCGAAACAGCAGUAGGGUCGUGAUGCAUCUGCUGGAUGAAUUUGUGGUGCAGCAGGGGAUACCGUGCGAAGGCGGCUAUAUGCUAAUGCCACAUAUGUACGAAGAGGAUCAGUGGGAGUUAUUUGAAAAUGGUACGUUGUUGCGCAUUAGUGAUGCGCAAUAUUUUUCGAGGCGAGAUUAUUGCUUGCAGGCCUAUAAUACAAGUGAAGAGUUUGUAUUGAAUCCAAUGAAUUGUCCAACCGUUUAUGAAGAGCCACCUACGCUGAUGCUCAAUACGAUAAUCAUGCUGAUUUCAGCACCGUUUCUUUAUAUUACCAUCCUGAUCUAUUGGCUUGUACCAGAAUUGUGGAACUUACAUACGAAAUGUCUGAUAUCUUAUUUACAUUCGUUAGCUAUUGGCACGACGCUAAUUGUUGUGGUCAAUAUGCAGAACUCAAUUUACGAAACUUUGGCUUGCGCUAUAAUUGGUUUCGUGGCAUACUUCUUCCUUACUGCCGUCUUCUUCUGGCUAAAUGUGAUCUGCUUCGAUCUAUGGCAAAAUUUUCGUAUCACCCAAGGCGCAGUUCGAAACUUAACACAGCGUAAACGAUUUCUUUACUACUCACUCUAUGCUUGGGGCAUGCCGGCGCUGAUGACAAUAAUAACAGCCAGUUUACAAAACUCAAAAUUACCACAUGGACUCAAGUCGGGCAUUGGCGAUACACAUUGUUGGUUGAAAAUUGACGACUGGUCAGCGAUGAUCUAUUUCCAUGGACCCUGCUUACUGCUGAUUGUCUUCAAUAUCGGUAUAUUUUUCCUAACGGCCAAUAAAAUCUAUGAAGUACGUAAGGAGCUACGGCAUUUUUCACGCGGCGACAGCAGCCAAAGACAUUUGCGUUCGCAGCAAAAUAAUGUAUGGCUCUUCUUUCGCAUGUUCAUUGUAAUGGGUAUUGGCUGGCUUUUGGAGAUAAUCAGUUAUAUGGUUGGCAAUAAUAGUAAAUAUGCUCUGCUCUUUGCUGCCACAGAUGUCUACAAUGCCUCACAGGGUUUGAUCAUAUUCGUAUUGCUGGUUGUGAAGAAAAAGGUGCUAAUGCUGAUAAAGAAAAGAUUUAUUAAAUCGGAUAACACUUCGCAGCUUUCAACUCAAAGAUUUACGAAGUCCAGCACGUCGGGCAUGGAGUUAUCCAAUGCUGAAAGUCGAUGGAAACUUCGAACCUGAAAACCAAACCAAUCAUUAAGAAUCGACAGCGUACUUGCAAAACCAUUCGAAUAUAAAUAACGGUUACCGUGGGUAUUAAUAUUUUAUAGUAAAGAUGAGACACAGGUUUGUCGAAGCCCAAGAGCACCCCAGCAAUCGUGUGUUCACCAAAACAACUUACCAAAGAACAGUUAAUAUUUUUAAGUAUUUUUUACCAAAAGCCAGUAUAUAUGACAAGAAGUGAUUAAAUGGUGUUGCCACUAUAACACAAUUAUACAAUUUUUAUUAUAUUCAAAGAAACUGAUAAAAUAUUAAUAUCGGUUCAACAGUUUAUACAUUUUUUUAUAAUUUUAUUUAAAAGUACAAAAUACACUCAUACACAAUAGUUGUCUUCGAUUCGCCAAAUCUUGGAAAGUAACGAAUCGAAGAAAUAUCUAAUCAUAUACGGCAUGAACAAAGAUAUCACUCUAAUUAGGUGUCCUCAUACAUUUCUAUAUAUAAGGAUAUCUUUGUUGUUGCUUUCAAAUGUAAAUUUUUGAGCGGGAAUACCUAGUUCAAAUAUAGAGAGUAUAGACGUCGCGAAAAAAACACGGUUUUCACCAUUUAAAUAUGGGUAUAUAUAUUUUUAUUUCAGUAUAUACUAAAACAUUUAAGUUUUUUUUUUAUAAAAUAUACCUCAAAUAAUUAUUAAUAGAUAUUAGGUAUUAUUAAUACAUUUUAUACAAAACUGUAUCUUUUCAAUCUAAAAAUAUUAUUAUUAAUAUAAAAUUAAAAUGAAAUAAAAUUAAAAAUAUAAAAAAAAAAUGUUAUUUAAAAAUAUUUAAUUUUACUUAAGCGCAUUUAUUCACCUCUGGUACAACCCUCUCCAAUAUGUGUGGCAGCUGACAAUGAUUCUUCUUCCCUAUCAG